AGCAGCAGCGGGUCGUGAGCGGCGUGUAUGAGUGUGUGUGUGUUUGUGUCUCUGUGUGUGUCAGCCACAGAUUUCUGAAGAUGCUGGAGAGGUAGCUGGUCUGACGGGAUGGCCGGGAUCAUUAAGAAGCAGAUCCUGAAGCAUCUGUCCAGGUUCACUAAGAACCUCUCCCCGGAUAAGAUCAACCUGAGCACGCUGAGAGGAGAGGGUCAGCUGUCCAACCUGGAGCUGGACGAGGAGGUCCUGCAGAACAUGCUGGAUCUGCCCACCUGGCUGGCCGUCACCCGAGUCUACUGCAACAAGGCUGCUAUACGGAUACAAUGGACAAAGUUGAAGACCAGUCCCAUAUGUUUAUUCCUGGAUAAAGUAGAAGUUGAAAUGAGGACCUGUGAGGAACCCCGGCCCCCAAACGGCCCCUCUCCGAUUGCCAUUACUGCAGGCCAAAGUGAGUAUGGCUUUGCUGAGAAGGUUGUGGAGGGAAUGUCUGUGAUCAUCAACUCCAUCAUGAUUAAAGUUCAGGCCCGAGCGUUUCACGCCUCCUUUGAACUCUGGCAGCUCCAGGGCUGCAGCCUCAAUCCCAAAUGGCAGAAGAGCGACCUGCGCUACACGCGCAUUACACAUCCGAAGAGAGGAGAGGUCCUCACCUUCAAAGAGAUCAACUGGCAGAGUCUGCGCAUAGAGGCGGAUGCCAUAGAGAGUGACGAGCAGGAUCUGGGCAGCACGCCACUGCGCCUCAUUACCAAUCAAGGACGCAUACGCAUCGCUCUCAAACGCAGGGUGAAGGACUGUAAUGUCUUGGCCUCUAAGCUGCUGUUUAUACUGGAUGAUCUGCUGUGGGUGCUGACAGACUCUCAGCUCAAGGCCAUCAUCCACUACGCCAAGUCUCUGAGUGAAGCCAUGGAGAAGUCCUGCCAGCAGAGGAAGAGCAUGGCUGCUGAGACACUACAGACUGCGCCUCCCUCUCCUGGGAUCCACUCUCUGUGGACUGAACCUCCUCCACCCGAAGCGGUCGGGACCCCGGGCACACUGGCCCAGUAUUUUGACCUCCACGAUGUCAAGGAAUCAUCCUACCACACUUUCAUCUUGCGACUCGACCUGCAUAUCUGCAACGACAGCUCUUCAGAUUCCGAUGAAGCUCCACCUCCAGGGAUGCAGGGAGCGAUGCAGCUGACCUUCCGGAAGCUGGGCUGUGAUUAUUACCCGUUUCACAGGCCAGGUGAUGGCUGUCGGCACUGGGAGCGUCACUGCGGAGCGAUGGAGUCUCGUGCUCAGUGGGCCGCCAAACUGCUGCAGGAGUUUCAGAGGAGGAUGGAGGAUCUGGGCAUCCCUGGACCUCACUCAGAGCCAAAUGUGUCCGCUAAAGACUCUCCAGCCAAAAAAAUCAAGGAUGGCGAAUCACUGUCCAAUUUCAGUCCUGAACGGACUCCGACCUCUCGGCGGACUUCAGCAGCCGCCCCGUCCUCAGGAACCCCGCUGAAGAGACUUCGCUCCAGCUGUAUGGUGAUCCGUGUGGACGACCUGGACAUCCAUCAGGUGUCCACUGGAGGCCGUCACAGCAAGAGAACACAGUCUCUCCUCUCCUGCAACCGCAAAUCCUUACAUCUCCCAGACAGCACUCCUGCAAUUCACCUUCAGUUCACUGAAUACUACUUCCCUGAUAACCCUGGACUUCCUGUACCCUGCUCUAAUCUUUAUGCCCAGCUGAAUGGUCUACAGCUGUAUCUGGAUGCUCCAAGUGUCUUGUGGGUGACUCUGUUCUCACGGGGUCUACACAAGACGCUAGAUCAGGUCAAAGCCUUCUACCACCUCCAGGACAGCAGCAAGACGGACGAACACAUCGAUGUCCGCCUGGAUGCAACACAGCUGAAGCUGAUCAUUCCUCUGGAAUCCUCUAUUCUGGAUCACCCAGACCGUCCACAGUCAUUGAGCAUCAGUCUUCCUCAGAUCGUCCUCAGCAACACGCGCCACGCUCCUCAUGGUUCCCAUUCGGACCUCAACAGCACCUACAGCAGCUUCUCUGCCCACCCUUUCUUCCAUCCCAUGGUGUGCCAACCUUUCCCUCGCGAUCAGAGCGUCCUCCAUCCCCUGCCGUCUGCAUUCCUCCAACACUGUCUGGAAAACGAGUCCCUGUCAUUAGCGCACAAACGCCCCUCUCGCUCUCAGGACGUCUGGUCUGUCAGUUUGUCCCGAGUGGCUCUUGACUUUGAAGGGGCUCGUCGAGGGCCCAGAGGGAAAGCUCUUCCCUUUGUGGAGCCCUUUGCCAUGUCUUUGUGGAUGUGCUGCCCUUCUGCCUUCAAAAAAGACUCUCAUUGUUCGAGUAUAGAUGGCAAUUCGAAAAUACCCACCGGUUCUAGCAAACAAUCCCUCCUAGAUUCACCACAGGGUGUAAAUGACGUCAUAUCUAAUAAAGUUGACCAAACCAAGGGUCUAGUCAACUCUACCAUGGCCUCCAUCCAUAUCUUAGCCCAGUCCAUCACUCCUGUCAAAAUGUGGCUCAACCACUACCAGUUCGUAGCCCUUUUGCGGAUGAAGGACUAUCUUGCCCGACUAGCUGGAGAUUUGACCAAGGACGUCCAGGGUUUGGGACAACCUGAACACAAACCGUCAGAUCCCCCUUCGGUUUGUGUCUCAGUCCUGAUGGAAGCGAUAGAACUUGCUCUACUUCUUCCUCCUGCAACAUGCGAGCCAGAAGAAGAAGCCCGUUCUCCUGAGGAAACGGACAGUCCCAGCUUGACCGACUCUGACCUCUCGCCAUCCCACCACGCCGGUGAGCCUGGCCUGCUGGAGGACAGUGGGACAGGAGGGAAUGAGGAUCAAGAGGGUUCGGUAGAGGAGGCUUGCGAAGCUGUUGAAGAAGGAAUGGAUGAAACUCGGGCCUUUGUUACUUCCACGUCUCCUCCACUCUCUCCAGGGAAUCCUGCAUUACUGUCCCGUCAUAGCUCCACUUUCAGCUUGGAGGGGGAGCUGUCCAAUGCCCUGAAUGCCACCAAAUGUGUCACCAAAGAUGCACUCAGCGUCUCCCUGGAUCUCACCAAGGGUGCGCUGUCCAUCACGAAAGAUGCCUUCAGCAUCCUGAGCCGAGGAUCUGGCAUGACUAAACUCUUCACUCCUCAAAACAAGGAGCUAAGUGCACAUCCAGAAGAGUCCAGUCCCUCCAUAAUGGGAAACAUGAAACAGUCGCCUUCCCAAAAUUCCUGUGACAGUGCCAUUUUAGAGGGUAGUCUGGCGGACAAUGGCUUGUCCAUUGAUAGUGACAUCAGUGAAAACUUUGUCAUCCUCAUGGACUCAGAGUCUGGUGUGGAGUCGUUGCGUCCUAAUGGUACGGGUGUCUCAGGCAGCUGUGUUAGUCCAGCUCCAGGAACAGAAGGGUCGUCAGCAGACCUCAGCAGCUCUCUGUCCCAGAGCACGGAAGACAUUGCCCAAGAUAUGGUGUCUGUGUUAGUUCUGUGUCUGAGGCGAAUAGGGUGCCUGACGGAGAAGUGUGGUGAAGAUAUCGUGGUGGCGCUGGAAGCCCAAGAGCUUGUGCCUAAACAACAUAGCAACCAUAAAGUCAUAGACCUGCUGGCGGGACUGGCACUGACUGAGGCUGGUUCUUCCUCUCCAAGUGCUCCUCUGUCUCCCGGGCCCCGGUCUCUCUCCUGUCCCCCAGCAGCGGCCCUCAGGUUGGAGAUGGGACCACGUGCGGGCAGACACUCUCCUCUGUCUGAGAGCGUGGGCUUCAUGGAUAUGUGCCUGACAGGGUGCAAAGCAGAGCUCCUGGCUUCUACCUUAAACAUGCUGGGACCCUUCCUGGAGGAUGAGCUCAGCGCAGACCCCCAGCCAAUGAGACUGUGGUUACGGGACACUGCUAUUACACUAAAGGAUGAUGGUCCUCGUGUCUACCCGACCGCUCCUCGGCCAGUUCCUGUGCUCUUCUCUCUGGACGGCAUUGUUUUGGAGCGUAUGGAUGAUGGAAUCCUCAGCUUGAGACCUGCGCAGAGCCAGUCAGGGAUUGAGUCAGAAGGGGACAAAGAUAGAGCUGGCCAAUCCUGCUCUAGAGCUGAGGAGAAGAACAAUCCUCUGGAGUCCAGACUCGCUGAUGUCCAGUCAGCUCUAGAGAAAGCUCUGUCUGACCGAGAGCGCCUGCUACAGGAAGUCAGGAAACACGACCCCUCCUUCACCUUAUGAUGUACAAAGGGAAAGAAACCAGACUUGAGGUUUGCCUCUGACUUAAAGUUCUCAUCCAUCCCUUUCUGACGUCUGAGAGUCAAAUCACAUGUCAUCCAGUUCUCUUCCGUCUCUGCAAGUGUCCUCCAUGAGUCUUCCUGUAGUGACGCUUCUCUUUCUACUCUACACCAAUUCACCAAGUUCCCAGUUGGAGGGGGACUGAAGUCAACAGUGAAACGGAUGCUCACUUUACAUCUCAAAUCAGUUUCCUGUGAGGUUUCCUAACUGUUAAGAUGCUGCCUUUGAAGGAAACUGCUAGGUUUUGGAACAGAGCUGUAGAUUUGAUUUCUUGUUGGCUGCUAUUCAGCGUGUAAAGUACAGCCGAUGUGUGUGUUAUUCAUGAAAGGAGCUGAAGCAAAAGCACUUUGACGUAAAUGCGCUGUAUAUAUCACAGUUUUUAUCUGAGGUUCAGUGUACAAAAGAUGGUACUUCUAUUAACCAACACAUCCUCAGAGUCAUUGUACUGAGACUGAGAUGCCGUCCAUUUCCUCUAGUGUAGGAUCACGGUUCUCAUGCCGUACAGAUGAAGUGAUCAUAGAGAAACAUUAGUGCCAAUGCUGGUGGUCAAAUGAUUUGGUGCGCAAGCUCUUCAGAUGUGAAGUCACUUUGAUUCAGUAUUACAAUGCUCGCUUGUGUCAAUGUAACAAACAUUAUAUCUAGACUUAUUACAUUGUGGGUUAUUUAAUGAAAAAAAAAGUUUUUUGGUCAGUCUGUUACACUAAAUAAGUCACUUUGAGACAUUUCACUACUCUAUAGAGUUUAAUUAUUCAUGUGUAUGCAUAUUUAUUUGAACUUUAUUAGUAUGAGAUUGGAUGUCCAUUAACAACUGCAUCAAUUAAAUGGACAAUUUUUUUUGUUUAAUGUAAAAAAUAAUGGAAGUGAUUUAAGAUUUAGUGUUGGGUUGGGAUGAUACAUUUCAGUUUUACUACUAUUCUAACCCCCUUUUAAAAUGUUUAACUAGGAGUUGUGAUGAAAGGAUGACGUGAAGAGUGUUUCUGUGUGAUGUCCUGCACAAAAAAACGAAUCGAACUACAGGUGCUACAGCAUUUUGACACAUUUCUGGUGUGUACUGUAAUGUUUAGGACUAUCACAAGACUCAUUUUUGUGGUAAAUCAGUAUUGUGAGGCAUGAUGGUUUGUGGGUUUAUAGAAAACAGCUGAAUGAAUGUGGCUCCUCUUGGCCUUUGUGAUAUCAACAUCCCUCUCAUUCUUCGAAUGUUUGGAUUGCUUUAUCAGCAAGUGUCCGGUGAUUUCAAAUGUGGCCCAUCAUUAUUGACUUUGAAAGUGCUUUUUCUGUUUCUGUAGAGUUCCAGUGUCUCAUUGUGUCUCUGUGCAUCAGCUUUCAGUGCAAUGUGUAGCAUUCAUAUACACUAAACAAUCUGUUAGUGAUCAAGAUAUUCCUGUCUUCCAAAAACCUUAGGAUAGUCUAAACUGUAAAGACAUUUUUCUGUAGAUGGUAGAAAUGGAAAUAUUAUUCCUAUGAUCAAAAAUAACUUCAUUCAGUGCAUGGAAGG